AUGGAAGUUCCUAAGAUUCCAAGCGGACUUCAGUCUGUGAAAUACUUUUCACAAACAACAGAAAAACGGAUGUUUGUGAAACGAGUUGGAUGGAUCACCAAUGAGGACCUCCAGAUGUGUAUUUCUUCAAAAUUUUUGGCUCUCAUCUCUAAUGUAAAUUAUGAACUGGUCGAGGCGUGGACCUGGGACAGCGUGACGGGGAUUCAACCGUCUUUGGCAAACAAUGAGGAAUUUAUUUUAGUAAUAAAUAAUUCUAAACAUCAUUUUAUCUCAAAUAAUCGAUCUCAUUUAUUGUGUUUAUUACUUGAGUAUAAAUACAAAACGAAAAGUGGUGACUUUGUGUCAUUUUCUGUCACUAAAACGAAACAAAAUGGAAAAGCAAAAAACAUUACACUGCAAGUCAGGCCGUACGGAUUGGCUGAAAUGCCGGGAAAACAAGGGAAACCCGAGAAAGUGAUUUUGUUGACAAGUGUCUCGAGAAUGGUUCCGACAACGGACACGCAGUCCAUUGUUUUUGUGAAGGAUUCGGGUGAUUUUGUCAUUUACAAAUUUGUGGAACGAAGAAAAGCAGCUUCCACUAUUUUGACACGAACUAAACAAAUUGGAUUGAAAAUGGCUGUUUCUGCAGAAAUUUCAGUGGACGAAAUCAUGAAAUCUUCGAUUGUCAAAAAAGCGGAAAAUGAAGAUGGCGGAACGUUAGUUGAGAUAAGGGCAAAAAAACAAGAAGGAAAAGAGGAGAUCCUCGUCUGCUUCACCGAACGAUAUUUCGUUGAGCGGGAUAGCCAUUCAUACACAGCAACGUACACAAAACCCCUCAAUGACAUCGUUCAUAUACUCCGAGCAAAUGAUGCAAUGCAGGUCGUUAUUACUUUUGCUGAUAACUCUCAACGGACAUACUUUUCAAGUCAACGGGAGGCGUUUAUAUCAGCACUCUUCGACUGUUGCAUCGCUGCAAAAGCGGAUCCCGUUAUUUCUGAUAUGCCAAGAUUUGCAUCACUCGUUGUCGAUGGAAUGACUGGGAGUGAGUGUGGAACAUUGGAAGCCAAUUUGAUUAAAAACAUCGGGUUGUUUGACGCAACGAAAGUGGAAGGAAUAGACCCAACAGAACUUUUUAUGGUGCACGUGUUUCUGUUUAAUAGCAACACGCCCCCUUCGGGUCCACAAUUUGCAGAAGGAAAUAAAUCAAAAUACAUUGGAGCCGCUAUUGAAAAGGUGUUGACAUAUGGAAAACCAGGAGAAA